GCCAGAGAUGUCAGCGUAGUGAUCAGCCCUCACAUCAGGCUCAAGAGGGCAUCCCAGAACACAUUCCGUCAGUCCGUGUCUCCAGAGAGUACGUCCGACAAGACAACGUCAUGCCGCAGCAACAGGCCACAGGGAAAUGGAAGGAGACCUUUGCCAAAGGAUGUCUCCCUCAAAGAUACGUCCUCGGACUGAUGGGCUUUUUCGCUGUUGCAAAUGCAUAUUCAAUGCGCUCUUGUCUCAGUCUUGCUAUCACAGAAAUGGUAGUAGUCCCAAAACAUAAAGAUCAUAUCGUUAAUGAUGAGUAUGCUUGUCCAGGAGGUGACUUGAUUUUAAGAAAUCACACAAAUCCUGAUAAUGAGUUUGACUGGGAUGAGAAAACGCAAGGAUUGAUUUUAUCUGCAUUUUAUUGGGGAUAUGUGAUAACACACAUACCUGGAGGCUUACUAGCUGAGAGGUUUGGUGGUAAACAAACUUUAGGGCUUGGGAUACUCAGCACAGCAUUAUUAACACUCCUUACACCGCUGGCAGCAAGACAUGGACCUAACUGGAUGAUUGCAGUUAGAUUUUUAGAAGGACUUGGUGAAGGAACUACGUUUCCUGCACUCAAUGCUCUUCUUGCUCAAUGGGUCCCUCCAAUGGAAAGAGGAAAACUUGGAUCCCUCGUAUUUGCAGGGAAUCAGAUUGGAACAGUAGUAUCAAGUUCAUUGACUGGAAUAUUAUUGAAGUAUUGGGAAGGAGAUUGGCCAGAUGUGUUUUAUCUAUUUGGAAUUCUUGGUGUUAUCUGGUAUGUAGCCUGGUGCUUCUUGUGCUACUCUGAUCCAGCAUCACAUCCUUUCAUAACAACAGAAGAAAGAGAAUAUUUACAAGAAACACUUGGAUGUGUGAAAAGAAGAGAGAAUUUGGCUCCAACCCCUUGGGGGAAAAUGGCCUUGUCACUUCCUCUUUGGUCUCUGGUGAUUGGACAGAUCGGUCAUGACUGGGGUCUCUUUACAAUCCAGACGGAUCUUCCUAAAUAUAUGAAAAGUGUGAUGCACUUCUCAAUAGCACAGAAUGGAUUUUUAAGUGCUCUUCCAUUUUUGGUCAUGUGGUUCACAGCUAUGGGAGCAGGUUGGCUUUCUGACUUUUUGUUAAUAAGAAAGUGUCUUUCAGUCACUGCAGCUAGAAAAAUAUUCACAACAAUAGCAUCUGUUGGACCUGGUCUUGGAGUCAUAGCAGCAUCUUAUGCUGGUUGUGACAAAAUUGCUGUGGCCACACUGUUUACUGUUGGUAUGGCCUUCAUGGGAUUUUUCUAUCCUAGUCUUAAAGUGAAUGCGCUUGACCUUAGCCCUAACUAUGCUGGAACCUUAAUGGCUAUAGUCAAUGGAAUUGGAGCGAUUUCUGGCAUAAUCACACCAGCACUUAUAGGAUAUCUUACGCCUAAUUCAACACUUCUUGAAUGGAGACUGGUAUUUUGGAUUUCUUUCUCAGUAAUCAUUCUUACAAAUAUUGUCUACAUAAUAUUUGGCUCAGGUGAAGUUCAGCCAUGGAAUGAUCCAUUGAACACAACCAAAGAAGAAACAAUAGCUUGGAAUGCUAACAAUGAUAAAGUAAUUAUUGAUGGAAAAGAAAAUGAAAAAGAAAAUGGAGUCUAAGCCUGAAAAUGACAAAAUAUUGUAAAUAUGAAGAUGUACAAUACAUUAUAAAUAUAUACAUUAUAAAUACAUACAUGAGUAUGUGUAGUACGUGAAAUUUUAAAUUACUAUACUGAAGGAACUGUAAAUAUAAAAAUAUACCUUUAGUUCAAUAUGGUUUACAUGAUAAAUUGUAGUUUUCCAUGCUAGAGAAAAUAAAAAUGUAAAUAUAGUUGUAAAAUCAUACAUUAUUUAAUGUAAUAUUUUAAAGAAACGGAACUGUUUUCUUAUUAGUAAAGCUAACUUCCUUAGAAGUAGGCAUAUAUACUAUUUGUUUUACAUUUAAAAAAUAUUUAUUUAUUGUUAAAACUGUACAAAAAAUAUAAAUUGUUUUAUAAAUAUGUGACAUGCUCAUUUCAUACCCUGAAGAAAAUAUAUUUCUUGGAUUACUCAGCAGAAAAAAAAAAAAUAUUUUCAAGCACAUUUAUGCAUGUUAAAUAUUUAGCUCUUCAUUUCUUGGUUUAUUUUAUUUAUAUAUGUAUAUAUAUAAAGUGAUAAAUAUCUAAUAAUUUUUAUCCAUUCAAUGCUUGUUAUUUAAAUAAUUACUUAAGAUAAAAUAUGACAGAUAAAUUUAAAGUAAUA